UCAUCAGAUGAAAUCAUAAAGCGCAAGUUGUUAAUAGAGGGCAAUGGAGGCAAUGACGAGAAAAGGAUUGCCAACCUGCUAAGGACCUUCAUUAAGUGGUGCGACUUAAGUGAAAGUCCUGAAGAUAGUAAUGUGACCUACCAGAAGAUGUUGUCGACCUUAUCACAAUGUGAGUACGCCAUGUUCAAGUCAGAGCAGGUGUACAACAUGUGCUUGAAGGAACAGGAGAAUUAUAAGAAACUUAAUGAUGUCAUCGCGGACGAAAUCGAAAAGGCCGGAGCUCACAUAGAGAAGAGCAAAAUUGAAUUACAACAGGCCCUCAAUGUCAGGAGAUAUAAGGAGGAAUAUGAUGCAAUGGCAAAGGUCAUACAGCAGCACACUGAUAGGGGACAGCUGCAAAAAGAAUUGAAAAGCAUCGAAGAGGAACUGGUGGCUCUCGAGGAGACGAGGAAAUUGCAGAGGGAUAAGUUGGACAACAGAAGGAAACAGUUUUACGUUCUCAUUGCCAGCUGCCACGAACUUCAGAGACUUCUCAAAGGUUCAGAUCUUGGUUUAAUUAUUUUUAUACAUUAUUUUUUUGGCACUAAAUUAUAA